AUGCACAGCGUCCUGCAGCGCUUCUACACGUACACGAGUCUGGGCGUGGCGCUGCGCGGCCUGGCCCUCGCCACGCCCGUUGUCGUGCUCGCCCCGGCCACGGUGCUGCUGGCGUACGCCGUGGUCUUGCGUGUGCACACGUCCGAGUCGCUGCUCGUGCUGAGGGGCCUAGGCGUACAGACCAGCUGUUCCCCGCCCACCUACUUGGGCGGGUCGUCGGGUGCGACGCGCUUCAUCCCCACCGAGAAGAUCCGCGACAUACUCGUCAAUGAGGCGUUUCGCGGCUUCGAGGUGAGGUACUAUCUUGUCGUCAUUGUUGAGGAUGAGCCGGAUGUCGUCGUUGUCUUCCCGAGACUGCUUCCUCCGCGGGCUAUCGUCGAGACGGUGUGGAGGGCCGCACGGGAGUGUUUGUAUGAGCCGGCAAAAGGGUAA